AUGGGAAGCUACUUAAAAUUCCUAAGUUUCACAAUUAACGGAAUCAAUUUCGUUGCUCUUCUUCUGCUCUUCGUGGGCUGCUUCGUCUCGACAUUCGGGGGAGGAGAUCUUAGCUUCAUGGGAAUUAUCUCAGGAUAUGGAUUUCCAACGUUCUCGUCGCUUAUUCUAGAAGUUCUUGACGAGAUUUUCGCCAAAUUCCACUUCCGUCUCCCGAACGUUAUCGCUCCUACCGCACUUGUUUUCGUACUGGGGUAUGCUUCUUCGCCUCACGUCGGUUUUCUUCUCGGAGUUGCAGCGUAUUGCCACCAACGCCAUAUUAAAGAACUCGUCGGAAACAACAAUGGGACGAUUAAUCUUGCGAUGAUGGUGUGUGGUGGAUGUGUUGCAACGAUCCUUGCAAUCCAUCGUGACAAUCUGUCGAAGAUCGCGUUGAUUGUCAUGUCAAUUGAAUUGAUUUCCUGUGGUCUCGAGUUUGAUAAAGAAGAAGAGGAGAAGAAGAGAGCUGAGGAGCUCCGAAGAAUGCGAAACAACUGA